AUGGCGUGUAGAGGUCUAUGCAGUGAACGGAGUGAGCCGUCGAUGACUGACAUGUCGGCCGAUAAAGUGGCGGAAGAGUCGGAUCAGCUGUCGGUCGAUGUGUUGCCAGAAGCGGACAAAUCGUUUAGUUUCAGUCGCGAAGACUUCGCCGACGAGUCGUUUUCAAUUGAUUUGUUUGUGAAGACAAACCGAUCGAAAGUGUCGUUGGAAGCGCUGAAAGAUCACUUGAGCGCAUACUUACGAGUGCUGAAGACAUCGAUGGUUGAGCUGAUCAAUGAAGACUACAACGAUUUUGUCAAUUUGUCCACAAAUCUAAUGGGUUUCGACAAAGCGAUCAACAAUUUGUCGCAACCUUUGAUUCAAUUAAGAGAUGAAUCGUUUAGUAUUGAACACCAAUUCAGUGAACGGAUCCAACACUUGGAGAUCAAAAUGAAAAGACUGGACACUAUUCGCACAAAUAAGAGUCAAUUAAAUAAAUUGAUUUCAAUUAUGGAUGGCAUCGAAAGGGCGGAGCAAUGGUUUGAUUGUUAUAUAAAUAGCGAUAAUCGCAAAAAAAGUUUGUCUUCAAUCGAGAAAAUAGUAUUAAUUAUAAUCAAAAUUGAUAUGCAAUUAAAGACCAUUGAUUUGGACAUACCUUUAGUGAACCAACAGUUGAUUCCUCGAAUUGAAUCAAUAUCUAGUGAAUUGAGACAAAGACUUGAAUUGGGAUUCUUUACGGCAAUCACUGACAAUGAUUCCCAAGAAUUCAAUUCAACACUAAGAAUAUAUUCAUUGAACGGAAAACAAAACGAAAUCGAAAAUAUGUUUCGACAAAAAGUGGUCAAACCAUAUAUGGAUGAAGUAAUCUGUGAGGCAUUCCUCCAUAAGUACGGAAUCAACCAAUUGUUUGAUGAAAUUCUUGAGUUCAUUGAUAUAAAGUGUGCGCUAAUUGUCAAUACAAGUGAAACUAAUUAUUCAUUUAUGAUUAACUCUGUUUGGAGUGAAGUAUCCAAUUGUCUUGUCGUCAGAACUCCGUCCCUCUUCUCAGUGGGAAAUCCCGAUGUAUUUCACUCUCAAUAUUGUCUCACAAUUGAAUUUAUCGAUCGUUUUAUAACUAAAAGUCAGAUAAAAAGAGACGAAUUAGAAGACAAUGAGAGCUACAAAGAGUUAAUGAGUAAAUUCAAUGUUGAGGUAUAUUUUCACAUUCGGUUCCAACAAAUGGCCACUAAAUUCGAGUCCGCACUCGAAGAACAUCCCUUUGGAUCUAAUAAUAAUAAAAAUACAGACAAUAAAUUCAAAUAUUUGGUGACAAACAUUUUAUACGAGUGUUUGUCAAUGUGUUGGUCUCAACAAACUGUUUAUAUCUCAGCUCUGUUUCCAUCCUUUUGGAGAAUUACUGUCCAAUUGUUUAGUCGGUAUUCAUUUUGGUUACAGAAUCUGAAGGAAUCUGAUAUCAAAACCAAUACAUAUGAAAACACACAAAACAAUCGACUCUCAAAUACAACAGCUUUAUUAGGAUUUCUUAUCAAUGACUGCAAAUGUUUUAUUAACGAAUCCAAAGAGUUUUUUGCGGCAAAUAUUAUUUGUUUGAAACCAUUUCACGUAAAUCGCGACGAAUUGCAGCAAAUGUUUGAGGAAUCGAUUGAAUUGCUUGAAUCAAACGGCUUAUCAAAUGUUGUCGUAUUGAUGGAGUCGUGUCUUAUAAGACAAUGCGAUUCAAUACUAAGACAAGUGAAUGAUGUGCCGAGACUUUACAGGAAGACCAACAAAGAAGUGCCCACUAAAGCGUCCAAUUAUAUCAAUCAUUGCAUUGAUUUGAUAUUUUCAAUCACUUCUCGUCAAACGCAGGUUUGGAAGACUGAAUGGACUCGUUAUGUAUUGAACGAAAUAACCUCUCAUUACAAACAAUACACUUCAGAAGUGUUGACAUCCGUUCAGAAGAUUGAAGACAGUCUUAAACGACUCAAAAAGGCUAAAAUUGGGAAUCAAAACAAUGUGUCGAAGAAUAACUUACAUAACAUGUCAGAUGACGACAAGAUUCGCCUUCAGAUCUAUUACGAUGUCCAAGAGUUUGGACAACAGAUGGAAGACAAGCUGAAGAUUGAAAGCAAAACAAUUGAUUCAUUCCUUGAAUUGUCUGCAAUGACCAACACAUCUAAAAAAAUGGUAAUCGUUUAUGACUACUACUUGCGCCCCAACUCAUUCAUCACUGGUUACAAGAAUGUCCACAUGCGAGUGGAUCCGCUCUUUGUCGACACAAUUGGUGUGCGUUGUGUUGGCAUCGGAUGGACUCCAACCGGCGAACUGAUCCAAUUGUUUCUUGCGGUGCAUCUCUUCGGCGUCUCGAGAAGUUAUGCCCAAAAAAUUGGCCAAAUUUUCGCCCAAAUAAUCGCAAACUUUGAGACUCUGAGCGCCGAACCAGAGGACAGACCUCUUGACGUGCGAAACGGUUGA